AGUCAGGUCGGCUUUAGAGAGAAGGAGGCAGCCACAGUCGACAAUGUCGGGCCAGCACCACCAUAGGUCGAGUCUGAAGCAGAAGAACAAGCCAUUCAAGUCAAGACAUGCGUCGAAAGGUAGCAUAAAAACAGCGAGCAAAGGUCGACAGGACUCAACGACCUCCCGGGCAUCUUCGCACAAGUCGUCCCCACUGUCUGCUAGUAAUGCGCAAGGAAGCUCUCAGGCGCGAAGAAAUGCCGCCAAGCAGAUGCAACUGCAGAAGAGGGCUGCCCUCGUCCAGGCGAGCCGCGUCUUCAAUGGGUCGCCCAAUGUCGCCGCAGGUCCAGCCAUGACGGGCGCCGCCAAGCUCGGCCUCAGCAGCGGAGCAGGGAUCGGAAAAGGAGGGGCCCCUCGCAUUGUUGUUGUGGCCACACUCACCGAAGACCUCGAUGCUUGGGACGCCGUGCGGCAGUUCGAGGCCGAAGGCGAGGAUGGCGGCGUCAAGCCAGUGGCAGGGAAGAGCGUCGACGAAGCCCUCGAGAUGGGCCUUCCAUUCGCCGAACUCGACAUUACUCGACAUCGAACCACGCUUCAGCUCCACCCGAUUCCGUACGGCGCCCUGUAUCCGCUCAUGGAUGCCGCAAAGGCAGCAGACUUUGUCCUCGUGCUCCUUUCUCCAACCACCUCCGUUGAACCGGGAUCGUGGGGCGAGUUGGCCAUGCGAAGCCUUCAGGCUCAAGGACUGCCUACAGUCCUGUCUGCCGCUCUGAGCUUGACUUCUUCCGACGAAGCUUCAUCGAGCAAGAAGGUUCAUCAAAAGGCAGCCAACGAGGUACGCAAGAGCCUCCUGAGCUUCACGCGCUAUUUUGCCCCAGAGACGGAGAAGGUGUAUGCGCUGGACGAUCGAAAUGAAAGAGGCGCUCUGCUCCGAAGCAUGGCCACGAGUGCCCCGCGAAGGGUGGCCUGGAGAGAUUUCAGGGCCUGGCUCAUGGGCGAGGAGAGCCACUGGCAAGCUGAUUCGGGCGACGAGGGCGACCGAGGGCUUCUCAAAGUGGCUGGCUGGGUCAGAGGUGCUCCCCUAUCGGCCAAUCGGUUGGUUCACAUACCCGACUUUGGCGAUUUUCCAGUCGAGAAAAUCACGGCCGCACCGCUGAGGCACAAACAGAAGAGGACAAAGGGCGAUAUCGAGAUGCAGGCUGGUGACGGAGAAGGCGACGAGGAAGUCCUCGACGCGCGAGACGAUGAGAUUGCCGAUGACCUUGUCAGCGAAAAUGAGGUCGACGACAUGGACAAUGAGCAGACUUGGCCUACGGAGGAGGAAAUGGCGCGGGGAGAGGCCACUGUUGAGCAGUCUGAUCUUCCCCCCGCCGCGCCUGGCACCACGCCGCUCAACAUCAUCAAAGACAAUGUCAAGCGACGAACCAAGUACGACGCCAACUGGAUCCGUGAGGAAGACGGAGAGGAUGAGGAGGAUGAAGGUGACGAGGCUAUGAUUGAGAGCGGGGAUGAGGAGGUGGACAGCGAGAUACCCGAGGAAGAAGAAGAAGGAGAGGAAGAUUUUCCAGAAACGAACAUCGUCGAGAAUCAAAACGAACAAGACGACUACGACGAAGAAGCCGAGGCCGAAGCGCUAGCACAGUACAAAGCCCGCAUGGAGGAGGAGAAGCAGCGACGAAAAGAGGAAAAUCUUGACGCCGAAUUUCCAGACGAGGUCGACACGCCCAUGGAGAUUCCGGCUCGGACGAGGUUUGCACGGUACAGGGGCUUGAAGAGUUUCAGGUCGAGCCCGUGGGAUCCCUACGAGGACCUGCCUCGCGAGUAUGCUCGCAUCUUUCAAUUCGACGACUUCCGCAAGACGCGGAGACGGGUCGAGGCCAGUGCGCUCGAGGAAGGCGUCGAACCAGGUGUGCGCGUGUGGCUGCACAUUAAAAACGUACCUCGAGAGGCGGCUCGUCGAGCGGGCGCCCUUGGUGGACGACAAGGGUCACCGCUGGUGCCUUUUGUUAUCUUUGGCCUGCUUCGACACGAGCACAAGAAGAGCGUGCUCAAUUUCACCGUGACGCGCAACACCGAGUACGAAUCGCCGAUCAAGUCCAAGGACAGUCUGGUGUUGUGCCUCGGCCCGAGGCGACUGCGCGUCCGACCCAUCUACUCGCAGCACGACCUGGCCAACAAUGGCAAGCGUGGUACGAACAACAUUCACAAGUUUGAGCGAUACCUUCGGGGUGGGCCGGGUGUCGUGUCCGUGGCGACCAUCUUUGGGCCAGUGACGUUUGGCGGAGCCAAUGUUCCGACGAUUCUGCUCCGGGAGAGGACCGAAGAUGGAGAGUCGGGUUACGACCAACGAGGCGUAGGGUCGGCGCAGAUGCCGCAUCUCGUCGGGAUGGGAAGCCUCCUCGAUGCCGAUCCCACGCGCAUCAAUGCCAAGAGAAUCAUCCUCACAGGCCAUCCAUUCAAGGUGCACAAGAAGACGAGCACGAUUCGUUUCAUGUUUUUCAACCCGGAAGACGUGCGCUACUACGCGCCGCUGGAGCUCAGGAGCAAGUACGGCCGGACGGGCCACAUCUCUGAGUCCCUGGGCACUCAUGGCUACUUCAAAGCUCACUUCGAUGGGCCGCCACUAUCGCAGCUCGACACGAUUGGUCUCUACUUGUACAAGCGCACCUAUCCGCGCUUUAGCGAGCUCUUCGACUCUUCGAGAUCCGAGAUGCCUCUCGCCGAAGGCUCAUCCUCAAGCAAACGACAGGGACAAGCCGAGGGAGCUGAUGAUGUAGAGAUGGCCUAGACAAAACAAUUCCGAAACACUGAUAUUAAUGUAACCGUGUAAAAGGGGAGACC